CUGAUUGUUGGGUUGCUAGAACGCAGACGGACUGCGGCGCUGCAGCUGACGCAUGCAGGGAGUGUUUACCAGCGGGGUUAGCCAGCUAGCUAGCUAGCUAAUUUCCUCGCAAACGCACGGCUGGCUAGCUAGGGCUGGUUUAAACCGGCUCAAGAGCUACAGACACGCAAUCAAACCUAUCAGCGACGUACGUCUAGGCAGGACUGGGAGGUUGUUGUGCCACCGGGGUCAGGUCAGCGUCAGAUUGACGAGAGCAAGCGAUAGCUAUGGAUUUAAGCCGGUGGAAAAAAUAGCUAACAUUUAGCUCCAUGAUCUUUCUUGACGAGAGGUAACCAUCAUCGCUUGGUAGCAGCGUAUAUUAUGUCUGUGAGGGGUACUGUUAGUUAGCAUUAGCUUUUAUAUCAAGUAACAAUCACCAAGUUAGUGUAUGGUGAUGUUAGCUUGAUGGCCUCUGUUUGAAAAAAGAUUGAAAUUUUGGUCACAGAAUGGCUUAAGAGAAACAUGCCGCCCUUUUACGUUACCGUUUAACAGUUAGCCAUCUUCAGUUUUCACUUUUUGAGUGCUCGGUAGGCACCUAAUAUUGCUUGAUUGAGCGAGUAUUGUCUCCUGGAUUUUCCCUUCGAAAUCAUUUGUUUGACGCCAACAACAUGGAAUCAACAGAGGUUAUUUUGACUGUAAGAGGAACCACCUCUCCUGGCGAAGUCAUAGCAGCUGUGGGCAGCUGCGAGUCUCUGGGAAACUGGUGUUACCAGAAGGCUGUGAUCUUACAGCCUACAGAGGAGAACGGCACACUCUGGAAGAAGACUAUCACUGUUUCACGAGGAGUUGUUACAAGUUACCGCUACUUUAAAGGAUUCUUUCUCGAAAAUAAGAAUGCAGGUGGGCCCUGUCAAGUCAUAGUCAAUAGAUGGGAGACCCAUCUACAUCCUCGAGCAUUGAACCCCACAGGUGCCAACCUUGAGGUGGAUGAUGGGCAGUUUGGAUUCCACAAUGGCGCCGAGAAUGUGGACUCCGGCUGGCUCACCUGUCAGACGGAGAUUCGGCUACGGUUGCACUACUCCCUCAAACCAGCCGUGUCCAUAACCAAGAAGAAGUUCAAGAAGUCACGCUUCAGGCUCAAACUGACAUUGGAGGGCGUGGAGGAAGAAGAGGAUGAUGAGGAAGAACAGCCGAGCCCAUCAUCGGCGACGUCAUGGCACAAGAUGGCGUCAACACUGGAGAUCAGCCUGAUCACAGCGGGCAGCUACAAGUCACGCCACUCCCAGCCCGAGUGUGGCUACGCCCUGGAGCCCACACAGUGGACCGAGUACAGUAUCCAGACCAUGGAUCCUGACAACCUGGAACUCACCUUUGAGUUCUUUGAGGAGGACAUGAGUGAGAAGGUGGCAGACAACCAUCCCGGGCCGGUCGGCACAGCCUGUCUCCUCUCCUCCUCUUUUGCGGAGACCGGCAAAGACAACGGCCUCGUCACCCUGCCCAUCAUGAGCCAGAACUCCAGGCAGACCAUCGGCAAAGUCCGAGUGGACUACCUGGUGAUCCGGCCCAUCCAGGACCUGCAGUGCGACAUGCAGGCGUCCUUCAGCAGGUACUGGAGGAAGAGGAGCGCUCUGGAUGUGGGACACAGGGGAGCCGGCAGCUCACACGCCGCCAAGCAUCACAGGAUCAGGGAGAACACCAUUGCCUCGUUUCUGAGUGCAGCCAAUCAUGGGGCUGCGUAUGUGGAGUUUGAUGUCCAUCUGUCUAAGGACUUUGUCCCAAUCGUCUACCAUGACUUGACCUGCUGCAUCUCCACCAAAAAGAAAAAAGACGACAAGAACAACUUGAUGUUGUUUGAGGUUCCGGUGAAAGACCUGACAUUUGACCAGCUGCAGCUGCUGAAGCUGGCCCACGCCACUGCUAUGACUGUCAACGACCACAAAGAUGACGAGGAGGAGGAGAUUGACGAGCAUCAGCCGUUCCCUACACUCUCACAGAUCUUCCAGUCGGUUCCAGAACAUGUGGGAUUCAACAUUGAGCUGAAGUGGAUCUGCCAGAAUAAGGAUGGCAGCUGGGAUGGGAACCUGUCCUCCUACUUCAACAUGAAUCUCUACCUGGACAUCAUUCUGUCCUGUGUGCUGCAGAACGCUGGCAAGAGAAGGAUCCUCUUCUCCUCCUUCUGCCCAGACAUAUGCAGCAUGGUGCGUCAGAAGCAGAACAAGUUCCCCAUCCUGUUCCUGACCCAGGGGGUGACCACCGUGUACCCCGAACUCAUGGACAUCCGCUGCCAGACCACUCAGAUUGCCAUGAGCUUCGCCCAGAGCGAGAACCUACUGGGUAUCAGUGCACACACUGAGGAGCUGUUGAAGAGUAUGGAGUUCAUAUCUCAGGCCCAGUCUAGGGGGCUCGUGGUGUUCUGUUGGGGCGAUGACAACAACGACCACGAGAACAGAAACAAGCUGAGGGAGCAGGGCAUUGACGGACUCAUUUAUGACAGAAUCUGCGACGACCAGAUUGAGCAGCCCAACAUCUUCCAGGUAGAGGAGCAGGUGUCUCUGCAGGAGGUGAUCCCCAAGGAGACGCUGCAGAGCUGUGCCUGCUCUACCUUCAGCCUGCCCUGUGACGGCGUGCCCUGCCCCAGGAGGGCCCACACUGGCAGCGCCGAGUCCGACUCCGGCCUCAGCUCCUCCUGAGCGGACCGCCGCCGCCACCACCACCACCACGCUACAUCUUCAGAGACACACCGACACGAAACUCACCAAACGUCUUCAGAGACCUCCACACACGCUUCACCAGAUAUCUUCAGAGACCCCCCCCCCACCUUCCCCACCACCACCCUUCCAAAACACACACAUAGAUAGAUACACACUCCUUACCAAAUGUCUUCAGAGACCUACAGACGCAUACGGACCGUCCGUUGAGACUCAACCUUGGCACAACCUCAUAGAACAUAUACCGGCUUUCUCUCGGUCUCUCACACACACACACGCACGAACACGCAAAACCUCACAGGCUGUCCACAGACACUCAUCUCCCACCCCCUUACCCCUAAACACACACGUAACCUCACAAUCUAUCCAAAGACAGACGCGCACACACACACACAGGCACAGAUCAUCUUGGGACUUCCACAAUGGUCCUGUACCUAACUUAUGCACCGUCCAAUCAAUUAGCCUUCUCCUUAGCGGUAUUACCCACUCUUUAAAAACUCAUCCCUGGUCCACUUCAGGUAAUUUCAUCCCGAGCAGGGGUGCAUUUCCCAAAACCAUAGUUGCUAACCUGUUAGCAAAUUAGUUGGUUGGCAAUGGGAGAUGUUAGAACUAUGUUAGCAACUAUGGUUUUGGGAAACCCAUCCCUAAUUUGGUUUGGUUCGGUGGUUCGGUUCAGCCCAGUCUAACCUGCCUAGGCCAUGUUUUGAAAACCUGGACUUAGUUCACUUUAGCUCACUUAAGCCUUCGUCCCUUCCUGGCCCAUAUAGGUCCGGUCCAGGUUGGGUCACUUCAGCCCUGUUUCACCAACCAAGGCCAGCUGGUCACCACUCCCCAGCCAACCAAAUGCAGCGUCGCCUCAGUCCAGACACUCAUCUGCUGUUUGUUAGGACCGGAGAGAAUUCAGGUGCUUUGCCAAAACAGAGUUUGGUCUGACUCGGUUGUUUAUUUACUAUUAUUUGCGUUAUUGUUAUUAUUGCAGGUUUAUUUAUGUAAAAAAAGCAAAUUAAUUCAGAAGAGACCAGGAUAAGUAUUUAACAAAUAAGUGAUUUAGAACUUUCAUUUUUACUAUAUUAGUUAAGUUGCUGUAAGAUAAGUGUUAAAAUCAUGUAGAUACAUUUUAUUUUUCUUUUGAUUCCAUUCCGGCUAUACCUGUGCCACUUGCUUCAGCAUGGCCAAAUAAUAGCCAUGGGUUUUGCAUGCUAGAAUUUCCUGAACAUGAACAAGAAACAUACAGUGUGCCAUUCAAUUUGCACACGUUUGGUUUCACCUGCCUUGGUAACCUACCAGUAGUGCAUUGUGAAAGCUGAAUGUGAAUUUGAAUAUCUGAGAGAAUUAAUAUUGGACGUCAUGUCAUAUAAUAUAGAAACAGGAUUAUUGUUACCCUUACAGGUACAAUAUAAGGUCGAGCUUCUGACUGAAAGUUUAUGUGGAGCAGGUCAAGUUGGACUUGUUGCAAUAAAAAAAUAUGUCAGGUUUUUACGUAGUCUUUGCACAGUAGAAAUCCCAAAUCUCCCUCAAUUCACUUGGUCUGCAUCUGCAGUAGGCUAGUCCUUGCCCACUCCUCCAUAAAAAAAUCAAUGUAUUGCAUUUAAAGAAAAAAACAUCUUACUGGAAUGUGUUUACUUGACAUUGACAACUUUGACAACUUGACAUUGGGUAUGUGUCAUAGAACAGGUUUCGGUGUAUACAAUAUGUAGCCUAUGUUAGUUUUUGUGUAGUGAAUGAUUGCUGCUCUGCUUUGUCCUUGUCAUGCAUUGAAUGUGCAUAUGUACAGUAUAUGGUUGCAGAAUACAGUAUGCGCGCGUGUUUGUGAAGAGAGCAAGAUGUUUGACCUUUAAGCAGAAUGUGUGCAUCCACACUGCGAGAAAUACUGCAAUGAACCUUUUGAACUCCUGCCUCAGAGCAGACACUCAUAGAUCGAAUAAAAUCAUUCAGCUAAA